ACGGGCGCCGCCAUUUUGUUUGGCUGGAGCGGAGCGAACGGAGCCGUGGGGGAGGGGUCUCGCAGGCGCCUCACCUGACCCUGCGGCCGCGCUGUUGGUAUUCCGGGGGGAGGAGGGCUUCCACCCAGCGAGGGGCGCGGAGCCAUGUACAUAAAGCAGGUGAUUAUCCAAGGUUUUCGAAGUUACAGAGAUCAAACAAUUGUAGAUCCCUUCAGUUCAAAACAUAAUGUUAUUGUGGGCAGAAAUGGAUCUGGAAAAAGUAACUUUUUUUAUGCAAUUCAGUUUGUUCUCAGUGAUGAGUUUAGUCAUCUUCGUCCAGAACAGCGAUUGGCUUUGUUGCAUGAGGGUACUGGUCCUCGUGUUAUUUCUGCAUUUGUGGAGAUUAUUUUUGAUAAUUCAGACAACCGGUUACCAAUCGAUAAAGAGGAAGUUUCACUUCGAAGAGUUAUUGGUGCCAAAAAGGAUCAGUAUUUCUUAGACAAGAAGAUGGUCACGAAAAAUGAUGUGAUGAACCUCCUUGAAAGUGCUGGUUUUUCUCGAAGCAAUCCUUAUUAUAUUGUUAAACAAGGAAAGAUUAACCAGAUGGCAACAGCACCAGAUUCUCAGAGACUAAAGCUAUUGAGAGAAGUAGCUGGUACUAGAGUAUAUGAUGAAAGAAAGGAAGAAAGCAUCUCCUUAAUGAAAGAAACAGAGGGUAAACGGGAAAAAAUCAAUGAGUUGUUAAAAUACAUUGAAGAGAGAUUACAUACUUUAGAGGAAGAAAAGGAAGAACUAGCUCAGUAUCAGAAAUGGGAUAAAAUGAGACGAGCCCUGGAAUAUACCAUUUACAAUCAAGAACUUAAUGAGACUCGUGCUAAGCUUGAUGAGCUUUCUGCUAAACGAGAGACUAGUGGAGAAAAAUCCAGACAAUUGAGAGAUGCCCAGCAGGAUGCGAGAGAUAAAAUGGAGGAUAUUGAGCGUCAAGUUAGAGAAUUGAAAACAAAAAUUUCUGCUAUGAAGGAAGAAAAAGAACAGCUUAGUGCUGAAAGACAAGAACAAAUUAAGCAGAGGACUAAAUUGGAGCUCAAAGCCAAGGAUUUACAAGAUGAAUUGGCAGGCAAUAGUGAACAAAGGAAACGUUUAUUAAAAGAGAGGCAGAAGCUCCUUGAAAAAAUAGAAGAAAAGCAGAAAGAACUGGCAGAAACAGAACCUAAAUUCAACAGUGUAAAAGAAAAAGAAGAACGAGGAAUUGCUAGAUUGGCUCAAGCUACCCAGGAAAGAACGGAUCUUUAUGCAAAGCAGGGUCGAGGAAGCCAGUUUACAUCAAAAGAAGAAAGGGAUAAAUGGAUUAAAAAGGAACUCAAGUCUUUAGAUCAGGCUAUAAAUGAUAAGAAAAGACAGAUUGCUGCUAUACAUAAGGAUUUGGAGGACACUGAGGCAAAUAAAGAAAAAAAUCUGGAGCAAUAUAAUAAACUGGACCAGGAUCUGAAUGAAGUCAAAGCUCGAGUAGAGGAACUGGACAGAAAAUAUUAUGAAGUUAAGAAUAAGAAAGAUGAAUUACAAAGUGAAAGAAAUUACUUGUGGAGAGAGGAGAAUGCAGAACAGCAAGCACUUGCUGCUAAAAGAGAAGAUCUUGAAAAGAAGCAGCAACUUCUUAGAGCGGCAACGGGAAAGGCCAUUUUAAACGGAAUAGAUAGCAUAAACAAAGUGCUAGACCACUUUCGUCGAAAAGGAAUAAACCAGCAUGUUCAAAAUGGUUAUCAUGGCAUCGUAAUGAAUAACUUUGAAUGUGAGCCAGCUUUCUACACAUGUGUGGAAGUCACUGCUGGAAAUAGGUUAUUUUAUCACAUUGUUGAUUCAGAUGAAGUCAGCACAAAGAUUUUAAUGGAGUUUAAUAAAAUGAAUCUUCCUGGAGAGGUCACUUUUCUGCCUCUUAACAAGUUAGAUGUCAGAGAUACUGCCUAUCCUGAAACCAAUGAUGCUAUUCCUAUGAUCAGUAAACUGAGGUACAAUCCCAGAUUUGACAAAGCUUUCAAACAUGUGUUUGGCAAGACACUUAUUUGUCGUAGCAUGGAAGUUUCAACCCAGCUGGCCCGUGCUUUCACUAUGGACUGCAUUACUUUGGAAGGUGACCAAGUCAGUCAUCGGGGUGCCCUAACUGGAGGUUAUUAUGACACAAGGAAGUCUCGACUUGAAUUGCAAAAAGAUGUUAGAAAAGCAGAAGAAGAAUUAGGUGAGCUUGAAGCAAAGCUUAAUGAAAACCUGCGCAGAAAUAUUGAAAGGAUUAAUAAUGAAAUUGAUCAGUUGAUGAACCAGAUGCAACAGAUAGAGACCCAACAAAGGAAAUUUAAAGCAUCCAGAGAUAGCAUACUCUCAGAAAUGAAGAUGCUAAAAGAGAAGAGGCAGCAGUCAGAGAAAACUUUUAUGCCUAAGCAACGUAGCUUACAAAGUUUGGAGGCAAGUUUGCAUGCUAUGGAGUCUACCAGAGAGUCAUUGAAAGCAGAACUGGGAACUGAUUUGCUUUCUCAACUUAGUCUGGAAGAUCAGAAGAGAGUAGAUGCACUGAAUGAUGAAAUUCGUCAGCUUCAGCAGGAAAACAGACAGUUGCUAAAUGAAAGAAUUAAAUUAGAAGGUAUUAUUACUCGAGUGGAGACUUACCUCAAUGAAAAUCUGAGAAAACGCUUGGACCAAGUAGAACAGGAACUUAAUGAAUUGAGAGAGACAGAAGGGGGUACUGUUCUCACUGCCACAACAUCAGAACUUGAAGCCAUCAAUAAAAGAGUAAAGGAUACCAUGGCACGUUCAGAAGAUUUGGAUAAUUCCAUUGAUAAAACAGAAGCUGGCAUUAAGGAGCUUCAGAAGAGUAUGGAACGCUGGAAAAAUAUGGAAAAAGAACACAUGGAUGCUAUAAAUCACGAUACUAAAGAACUGGAAAAGAUGACAAAUCGGCAAGGCAUGCUAUUGAAGAAGAAAGAAGAAUGUAUGAAGAAAAUUCGAGAACUUGGAUCACUUCCCCAGGAAGCAUUUGAAAAGUACCAGACACUGAGCCUCAAACAGUUGUUUCGAAAACUUGAACAGUGCAACACAGAAUUAAAGAAGUAUAGCCAUGUUAACAAAAAAGCUUUAGAUCAGUUUGUAAAUUUCUCCGAGCAGAAAGAAAAGUUAAUAAAGCGACAAGAGGAGUUAGAUAGGGGUUAUAAAUCAAUCAUGGAACUGAUGAAUGUACUUGAACUUCGAAAAUAUGAAGCUAUUCAGUUAACUUUCAAACAGGUCUCUAAGAACUUCAGUGAAGUAUUUCAGAAGUUAGUACCUGGUGGCAAAGCUACUUUGGUGAUGAAGAAAGGAGAUGUGGAAGGGAGUCAGUCUCAGGAUGAAGGAGAAGGAAGUGGUGAAAGUGAGAGAGGUUCUGGGUCCCAAAGCAGUGUCCCAUCAGUUGACCAGUUCACUGGAGUUGGAAUUAGGGUGUCAUUUACAGGAAAACAAGGUGAAAUGAGAGAAAUGCAACAACUUUCAGGUGGACAGAAAUCCUUGGUAGCACUGGCUCUGAUUUUUGCCAUUCAGAAAUGUGACCCAGCUCCUUUUUACUUAUUUGAUGAGAUUGACCAGGCUCUGGAUGCGCAGCACAGAAAGGCUGUGUCCGAUAUGAUUAUGGAACUUGCUGUACAUGCUCAAUUUAUUACAACUACUUUUAGGCCUGAACUGCUUGAGUCAGCUGACAAAUUUUAUGGUGUCAAGUUCAGAAACAAGGUUAGUCACAUCGAUGUGAUCACAGCAGAGAUGGCCAAAGACUUUGUAGAAGAUGAUACUACACAUGGUUAAUAGGAAUACUGCCCUAGUUUGGAAGAUGUGUAUAGUAAUACGAUUCUCAUACCCAGAAACUGUAAAUUUAAACCUAAAUGUUUGGUCAUUAUUCAUAGUUUUCAGACUUCUAGCAUACACUAGUCCUUUUAUAUUUCUGUCUUUGUAUUUUAUAAGAUACUCUGUAAUGUUACAUUUCUACUUAUAGUUUGAGAAUUUUAUGUCCUGCGCAACUUUUUGUAAAGUGUCCUGCUCCUCCUGUUUUAAAUCUUUUGAAAUAUGCUAAAUAUCCUUUCCUAAUUAUUUUAUCAAUUAUACUGCCUCUUUUUUUAUAGCUUCAAUUAAAUAAUUCAUUUUGUGACUAAU